AUGUCGCGGCUCAGCUGGGGUUACGGCGAACACAACGGUCCUAUUCAUUGGAAUAAAUUUUUCCCUAUUGCUGAUGGGGAUCAGCAAUCUCCGAUUGAGAUUAAAACCAAAGAAGUGAAAUAUGACUCUUCCCUGCGACCUCUUAGUAUCAAAUAUGAUGCAAACUCGGCCAAAAUCAUCAGUAAUAGUGGCCAUUCCUUCAGCGUUGACUUUGAUGACACAGAGGACAAAUCAGUUCUGCGUGGGGGUCCUCUCUUUGGAAGCUACCGCUUGCGACAGUUUCACCUUCAUUGGGGGUCUGCUGAUGAUCAUGGCUCUGAACACGUGGUGGAUGGAGUGAGAUAUGCUGCAGAGCUCCAUGUUGUUCAUUGGAAUUCAGACAAAUACCCCAGCUUUGUUGAGGCAGCUCAUGAGCCAGAUGGACUAGCUGUCUUGGGAGUAUUUUUACAGAUUGGUGAACAUAAUUCUCAGCUGCAAAAGAUUACUGACAUUUUGGAUUCUAUUAAAGAAAAGGGUAAACAAACGCGAUUCACAAAUUUUGACCCAUUAUCUCUGCUUCCUCCGUCCUGGGACUACUGGACAUACCCUGGUUCCCUUACAGUCCCGCCUCUUCUUGAGAGUGUCACAUGGAUCGUUUUAAAACAACCUAUAAAUAUCAGCUCUCAACAGUUGGCCACAUUCCGCACUCUCCUCUGCACGGCGGAGGGCGAAGCAGCGGCUUUUUUGUUGAGCAAUCACCGCCCGCCACAGCCUCUGAAGGGCCGAAAAGUGAGAGCCUCUUUCCAUUAA